AUGUUCAAUAACAACAAAUAUGCCACAGAUGUAAACUUUUGCCUGUAUCGAGACUCAUUCCGAUCGGUGUGGAGAUCAAAUGUGACAUUGGAUGAUGAUGAUGAUGAUGAUGAUGAUGAUGAUGAUGAUGAUGAUGAUGAUGAUGAAUCUGAUGAUGAUGAUGAUGAUGAUGAUGAUGAUGAUGAUGAUGAUGAUGAUGAUGAUGAUCAUGAUGAUGAUGAUGAUGAUGAUGAUGAUGAUGAUGAUGAUGAUGAUGAUGAUGAUGAGACAUGA